AUGGACUUUGCAAAGCUCAUGUCCGCGCACAUCAAAAAGGGCAAAGACACAGCAGCGCCCGAGCAGCCGACGGAGAAGAAGUACCUAAAGCGCAGCGAAAUCGAGGCGCAACGGCAAGCACAAUACCUUGCUGAGCAGGAAGCCGCAGACAAGGCGCGAAGGGAACGGUUGGAGAAGAAGAGGAAAGCCGAGGAAGCAGAGGAAGAGCGGGAAGCAGCGCGGCGGGAGAAGCGACAGCGACUAGCCGAGGAGUCGAGGCGGCUACGCGACGAGGAACAAGAGGCUGAGGAGAGGAAACGAAGAAAGCGAUUGGGGCUCCCAGAUCUCCCGCCAAAGAAGAAGGUCGGGAAUGAGGAAGAUGGCACGCCCGUGCCUGAAGAGGAAGACAUGAACGAAGAGGAGCUCAAGGCCAAGUUGCGUGCUCUGGACGAACCCGCCGUCUUAUUCGGCGAAACACACAAACAGCGUCUAAAACGCUACAAGAAGCGCGUCGGCGCAGACAGUCUGGCUGCCAUCAUGACGGACGGCCCCAUCCCCACAACCCUCCGCCUCGUCCCCGGCAAAGACAUGAUCAUCGACCCCAAGCUCCCAAAAGACAAAGAGGGAAAAGGCUUCCUCUUCCGCCAACUCGCAAGCUACUUCACCAUGGUUCUCCAAGAAUGGGACGCCACCCUCGCCGGCCGAGACCCCGAAGUCAAAGAAAGCUACCAGGGCAAACAAGCCUACGCCGCCAUGGUCCAAGCCCGCGAGAACCUGCGCCCGCUCUUCAAGAAGCUCGAAAAAGGCGACUUGCCCGACAGCAUCCUCGAGCCCAUUAUUGAAAUCGUCUGUGCCGCCCAGCAAAGACGCUAUGUCGAUGCCAACGACGGUUACCUGCGCCUCAGCAUCGGCAACGCCGCGUGGCCCAUUGGUGUGACCAUGGUGGGUAUCCACGAGCGCAGUGCGCGUGAAAAACUGCACGAGAGCGAUAAGAAUGCGGCGCACAUCAUGAGCGAUGAGAUUACGAGGAAGUAUUUGCAGAGUAUCAAGAGGUGCUUGAGUUUUGCGCAGACGAGGUGGCCGCCGACGGAUCAGUUACAGCUUAUGGGGUGA